CGAUGCAUAUGGCUAUAUAUGGCAAAAAAAGUGUAGAAACUUGUCACAUAACCACUGACAGUCGAUCCAAUCCACAAAGCCGGCCACCGGCUAAGAAAAGUCGGAAAAGAAAAGACGUUCCAUCAGGCUUGCUGGUUAUUUGUCCUUGAUUGCUUAAUCCUUGCAUACCCGGUAGUCAGCGCCGUUGCCUUCCCCGUAAAACACCCUGGACCCUCUCUUCCUUUUGUGUGAACGUUCUGGUUUUUAUGUGCUGCGAGUUUCGGCUAUGCGUGCGUGUGUAGUGCUGCUCGCUGCGCGAGUUUUCGAACAGGCUUGGGUGAUACACGCUGGGACACAUCACAGAUGAUCAUCUUGUGCGAACAUUCAGAAAACGGUUGCUGGCAUGGCAGACUGGGAGGAGCAAGAGAACGAGCUGCUAGUUCUGGAGAGCAUCUACGAUGCCUCGGUCUUCGGAGUGAGAAGAGGGAACAAAAGGUUCUGUCAUCAAGGACACUUCCUUGCCCGCAUCGAAGUUCCCAAGCCCUUCCACGUGCUGGUGCCGAGAGUGAAUGCCCCAGAUGAAAUGCAGGAGAUCGCUCUGGAACAUUUGCCGCCCAUUGUGCUGGACUUUCGAUUGCCUCCCGACUACCCCUCGAAUUCCGCCCCUUUUUUCUGUCUUAGCUGCCCCUGGCUCACCAUAAAAGAGCUGGAGCAGUUAAGCCAGGCGUUGGAUCGCAGUUGGGCACAAGACCCCUUCACUGUGGUUCUGUACCGCUGGAUGAAUUUGUUGGACACGGAAGCAUCCGACAUCCUGCAACUGAAAUCUAGCCACAGCCUGGUACCACUGUUCAAGGAACUGAGCAGACUUCGCACGUUUCCCUUCAGAAGGCCAAGAUUAAAAAAGUGCUACAGGUACCAUGGCUGGGGACACACUGAUAUUCGCAUCUUUAAGGAGGCAGUAGACCCACAAACAUUGGCUACUUUUCUUACGGAGUACAACAGUCAAGAAAAGCGGCGGCUAUUUGACCUGCAGUGGUUGACGUGCCAAGUGUGCCUGACGUCCAAACAGGGCUGCGACUUUGAGCUGAUGAUUGGCUGCGACCACCCAUUCUGCCGAGACUGCCUCCGCGAGCACUUUCGCAUACAAAUUGAGAGUGGCUGUGCAAGCCAGCUCCGUUGUCCACAGGAGAAGUGCACAACUCAGGUGUUGCCCACGCAGGUGAAAGCACUGGUUGGUGAUGCUCUUGGUUCACGCUAUGAGGAGAGCCUGCUCAGUGCCUACCUGGACUCCCAGGAGGACCUGACCUACUGCCCCCGACUACAGUGCCAGCGGCCGGUGGUGUUGGACCCAGGUCUAUCCAUGGCACAGUGUGCCAACUGUUACUUUGUUUUCUGCCUCUACUGCCGUAUGGUCUAUCACGGGGUCCAGCCAUGCCGGCUAAAACCUGGUGAGCAGCGGGCUAUCCGAGAUGAAUACCUGUCGGCAACUCCAGCGGGGAAACAAGCAAUGGAGAAGCGAUAUGGGAAACGCACACUGCAACUCCUGGUGGAUGAAUCACUCACCCAGGACUGGAUGCAGGAGAACAGCAAGAAGUGCCCACACUGCAGCAUUUCUAUUGAGAAGCAAGACGGAUGCAAUAAGAUGACCUGCUGGCGCUGCGGAACAUACUUCUGCUGGAUCUGUAUGAAGGCCCUCAGGUCAUCCGGCAACCCAUACCAGCAUUUCAGUGACCCCAGUUCAGGCUGCUUCAACAAGCUGUUUGAAGGAGCAGAGGAGAUUGUUGAAGAGGAUGACCAUGAGUUUGGGGAGUUUUUGUGAAUGUUUGCUACGUCUGCUGUUCCUGUUAAAGACAGUGUAAAUUAAUUUUAUUUACUUUACUUUAACUUUUUUUUUUACUUAGAGAGAAGCAUUUACUGCAUGCCCACAUGACUGUUAUAAUGAAUCAAUUUAUUUCCCACUUUGCAAAUUAAAUUUCAGUAAACAUGUAUCUGCAAGAAGGCCUUUCGGCAUAAGCCCUAAAGUAAAAUUUUUUCCUCCACUGCUUGCAUAUUGAUUUCAAUAAGAAGCAAAUUUCUCAGGGUUGCUGUGUAUACUUAUGUGUCUGUAUUUCGAUUAUGACAGGGGAAGGGGGGACAUGUAUAUCAAAGUUUAUUCUCACAAGUGCCUGGUUCUUUAUUUUCAUUUUGCACUAAAACCUCUGCACACAUACGUCCGUGCACUGUCACUGUUGAAAAUGUGUAGAAAGUGUUCACAUUUUUUUCUGUGUGCAGUUUUGCUCUCCUAUGCACUACUUUCACUACGAUACCAUUGGUGAGUGGGUCUUGAUUACCAGCAGCCUUGCUUUCUACUGGCUUUGCAGCAAUGGUGGACUGUAUGAUGGUGUACUCUAUUAAAGGCUACUGCGACGCAACAGCUCUAGUGAUUUUGCAGUCCCCUGGACUAGAUGUACAACUUUCAUACAAGGUUUGUAUAUAAGAAUACACGAUUAUUUCUCGCCCUCCUCAUUAUCAUUCGUCCUCUGCUUUUGUUCCUUGUCCUCCUCUCUCAGUAUACACCGGCACACCAUAACAGGAACCUGUGGCUCAUUGCAGACGUUCUUGUCUUUCUGUGAAUAAAUAUCUUUUUCUUUCCUGGAACAGAUGUUAAGGCUGGCAGACUUCACUUUCUGGUUUCUCUCAUACGUGAAGCGCUACUCCUUUUUGAGUGCAAUAAACAGUCAAGACUUGA